AUGGAUGUCGGAUUGACUGGAGUGCUUACUACCCUCCUCCUCCUCCUCUCCGUCCUGUGGUUCCUGGCCUGGAGAAACGAUAAGAAGAGAAGCCAGCUGCCUCCGGGACCAGCCCCGUGGCCCGUUCUGGGCAACUUAUGGCAAAAGGACAUCUUGCCCCUCUACAGGACCUAUGAGAAGGUAAGAGAGGAGCUGGCAGUGCUCGGCUUGGGUGUGAAGCCGGCGGUGGUGCUCUGCGGGUACGAGGUGGUGAAGGAUGCUCUGCUGGGCCACUACGAGGAGUUUGGAGGGAGACCUGAAAUACCCCUCCUGAUGCAGCUAUCGAAAGACUACGGUUUUGUCUCCCAUGACGAGGAGAAGUGGCGGGAGCUACGGAGGUUCACGCUCAGCACCCUGCGGGACUUCGGGAUGGGCAAGAGCUCCAUGUCGUGGCGAGUGCAGCAGGAGGCCCAGCACCUGGUGGACCUGCUGGCAAAACUCAGAGGAAAUGCCUUCGAGCCAAUGACAAUGUUCAGACAUGCAGCUGCGAACGUGAUCUGCUCCGUUGUCUUCGGAAGCCGUUACAGCUACAGCGACAAAGCCUUUCUGGAGCUACUGAACAUGAUCGGGAAUUACAUCAGCUUCUUCCUCUCCCCCAUCGCCAUGGUCUACAACACCUUCCCCAACAUCAUGCACCACCUCCCAGGGCCACACAAGAAAGCCCUGGAUGAGUGUGAGAAGCUGAAGGACUACAUCCGAGAAAAAGUGGAGCUUCACAAGCUGACACUGGAUCCCAGCUGCCCCCGGGACUACAUUGACUGUUUCCUUAUGAAAGCAGAGAAGGAGAAGAGAAGCAUAUACAGCAAUGAAGACUUGGUCAUGUCAGUAUUCGACCUCUUUGGUGCCGGGACAGUGACCACUAGCAAUAGCCUGGUCUUCUUCCUCUUGAUCCUGGCAAAAUACCCCCAUAUUCAAGCCAAGGUCCAAGAGGAGAUCGAUGCGGUGGUGGGUCCUGGCCGUGUUCCCAGCACAGAGGAUAAGCUGAGGAUGCCGUACACCAACGCGGUGAUCCAUGAGAUGCAGCGCUUCCACAAGUCCCGCACCGAGAACUUCCCACGGAUGACGACGCAGGACGUCGUGUUCAGGGGCCACACCAUCCCCAAGGGCACAGCUGUUAUUCCGGUAUAUUCUUCCGUCCAUAUGGAUCCAACCCAGUGGGAGAACCCCAAAGAAGUCGACCCAGGCCACUUCUUGGAUGGGAAGGGCGAGUUCAGGAAGCGCGACGCCUUCAUGCCUUUCUCGGCAGGGAAGCGGGUGUGCCCAGGAGAGGCACUGGCCCGCAUUGAGCUCUUCCUCUUCCUCACCACGCUGCUGCAGAACUUCACCUUCCAGCUCGCCGUUGAGCACGAGGAGAUGGAUUUAUUCUCUCUAUGGCUCAAGAUAGAGAGGAAGGUGAUACCGGGCAAGUUCUUCGCCAUUCAGCGCCCGGUGUCCGCUUGA